GUCUCCCCGUAAUUCUGAAACUCAUUAACCGUAUCUAGAGUGCGAUAACCACGCAAUAAUCGAUGCUGAAACAUGCCAUCUCUUUAUCAUUUCAAAGCACAUGCAAAAAUAUUCAAAGACACCCGAACCUUGAGUUCAGUCUUGAGAUGUGAUCGCAGCGAAAGGGUGCCUCAAAAUGGAUAAAACUCUAAGAUGGUUAGCCAUCACAAUACUGACCUGUUUUAUGGGUCAUGGUACUUUAUCAGUGGAGUUUAAAGAAUGCGCCAGUGCCCCGAAAAUAGGCGCUUACGUAGCCAGCUUAAGUAACUGCUCCAAAUACAUAUACUGCGCCGGGCCUGGCUCCUUCGAGGCGGAGUGUCUGGCAGGUAAUUUUUACGAUGACCAGCUGGAUCGUUGUGUGGAUCAGAAACUGGUUAAAAGAUGUCAAUCCCAGGCCCCUGGUAUCAAAAUUUCCACAACCACAACCAGGUCCCCAAUGUCCAAGCCCACGUCGGCUGUGAAAACAACCCAACCCUUGGCCAUAACCCUGAGAAACCUUUCGAAUGCCGGUCCGUGCUAUCCAUAUAUGGUUUGUUAUGAAGGGGCUGGUAUUCCGAAAGCCUGCACUCCUGCCCAGCUAGCAUCCUGCAGCCGAAGGCAAUCGCCAGAAAUAAUCACCAACUGUACAACCGGAGUGUAUGGAUUCAUGCCACAUCCUCGCAACUGUGCAUAUUUUUACUACUGCUCCAAUGGGUACAAGCUCAUCCACCGAUGUCCUUGGAACUAUACCUGGCACAAUGAACGUAGAUCUUGCGUCCAGGAGUUGCAGAAGAAGUGCUACAGUCAGGGGCUUAGGCUAAGAAAAAAUAUGGCUAUAAAAUCGAAUAAAAAUUAAAU